UAGUAGGAUGGUGUUUUUAUUUGUAUUAUUUUAUCUUUUAAUUUUUUCGUACAAAUUUUUUAGGAGCCUGGUUUCUCUGACUGAAACUUCAAACUAACACAUACAAAAUAAGAGUAACUGCUGAUGAGUUAUUCACUUAUAGAUGUAAGGUUCAGCUUGAGCUAUUUAGCCUGUAAACACAUGUGAAAAGUCAAAAAGGUGCACAUGCUGGCUGACCAGAAUGUUAAAAUAUUACUAUGCAAUAUUUCGUAUUUACCUGGCUAGAAGUACAAAACAAUAAAAUUGUAUAUUGUGUUUUGCCAUAAUAAAAAAAGGAAAUUAUGUAAAAAGCCACUCCACAAAUCCCUUUUGAAUUAUCUCUCAGGUUGAACAUAUUUGACCUAUUUUCAUAAAUUAAAUUUAGUAGUAAUGCACAAUCUGACCACUGUGACUGAUUUCAUCCUUCUCGGAUUUUCACAUUUCUCUAAGUGGAACAUGGUGAUGUUUGUGGUCUUUCUGAUCAUCUUUCUUAUGACUAUUGUAGGAAACAGUCUUAUUAUUUUGGCAGUCAGAGUAAACGAUAAGCUCCAAACUCCCAUGUAUUUUUUCCUAUCUAACCUUUCAGUCCUAGAGAUGUGUUAUACAUCUAUCACAAUACCAAAUAUAUUAUUCUCAUUAGCAAGAGGAACCAAUGUGAUCUCUUUCACUGGCUGCAUCAUCCAGGUCUACCUAUUUACACUGUGUGCCACCACUGAAUGCAUUCUUCUUGCUUGUAUGGCUUGUGACCGCUACGUGGCCAUCUGUCGACCCUUACACUACACAGUCAUCAUCAAUAAGAUGGUGUGCCUGUGUUUGGCAGCACUUGCUUGGCUAAGUGGAAUUCUAAACUCAACGAUCAACACUGUGUUUACAACAAGUCUUUGGUUUUGUGGUAGAAACUCCAUAGAGCGCCUCUACUGUGAGGUUCAACCUCUCAUUCGUCUCUCUUGUUCUGACACCCACAUAAACAACAUAUUGGCUACACUUUCAGCUGUUGUGUUUGGCGUCAGCUGCCUCAUUUUCAUUUUAACCUCCUACAUUUUUAUUUUGGUGACCAUAUUCAGAAUCCCAAGUAGGGCCAGCAGACAGAAGACUUUCUCCACUUGUGCUUCCCAUAUUACAGUAGUUGUACUAUACUUUGGAGCCCUCAUAUUCAUGUACCUUCUACCUAACAAUGGUUCUUCAGAAAAGCUGGAUUCUGCAGUCUCUAUGAUCUACUCAACAGUCACCCCCAUGCUAAACCCUAUCAUUUACAGCUUGAGGAACAACCAGGUUUUAGAGGCUCUGAAAUGUCUAACACACAUGUGAAAAAAAAUUGAAACAUUUCAAAAAACAUUUCUUAACAACUAGGCUGGACAAGUAGUGAUUUAAGAAGUAGAUUGUGGUAAUUAAGACUCUAUUUUAAAGUGCCAUUCAGCAUCAGUUGAAGUUGUUGGGUGUACUUUUUUUAGUUGUUCACAUAAAGAUUGUAAAUGCAAAAUGGUCAUAAUAUUUUGAUGUAAAAUCUUCCCUGACCUCGUCUUAAAAAAAGAAUAUGAAUACAAAAAGCAGAAGUAAGCAGUUAACGUUAUUAAUGUGAAUUUAUUUAUAGGACUUUCAAAUUCCAUAUCUCUUCCAUAGGGUUAACACAGCACCACUGUGGUUCCUUUGUCUACAGUUGGUUGAACACAGACUUAUCCAAAAUCUAAACACAACAGCUGCCGAUCGUUAUUCUUAAGAUUACAAAGCGUGCCUUUUUUUCCAGUUAGUAACUACAUU